AUGGCGGAAGAUGAGAGCUGUGUGGGACAACUGGUUGGCGUAGAAGACAGUGAUAUUAUCACAAAUGAUAAGAAUCAAUUAGGACAAUAUCAAGUAUAUAAGCAGAGAUGGUUCGUUGCUUUUCUCGUGGUUUUGCUGAAUCUGUCAAACCAAUUGACAAUUCAAUCUUUCAGUCCUGCAGCAAGUGUUGUCGCCGAAUAUUACAAUACUUCUGAUGAAAACGUGAAUCUAUUGUACAUGUCAUAUGUAUUUGUUUCAAUUCCAAUGGGGUUUGUAUCUAUGUGGCUUCUGGACUCCAUUGGAUUAAGACUUUCGUUACUAAUUGGUUCCUGGGCAAAUGUAAUUGGAAAUACCCUGCGUUUAAUCAGCACAUUACAUUUCGUUCCAUCAUCAUUGACUUUUCCAUUAGUAUUAACUGGCCAAUUUAUAGCAGGAUCAGCAUUUCCUAUUUUCACGAACUGUCCCACUAAAGUUUCGGAGCAAUGGUUUAGUGAAAAAGAAAGAACAUUAUCUACUAUGAUUACAACUACUGGUUUUGCUUCUAUAUUAGUGAACAUAUUAUCGCCCAUGUUAAUAGAAUACAAAGGAGUGCAGUUUAUGUUGAUAAUAUAUGGUAUUCCUGCCUUACUUGGUGCAGUCCUAACAACAUUUGGUUUGCAUAGCAGUGUACCACCAUCACCACCUUCAGCUAGUGCAUCUGGAAAUACACAACCAUUCUGGACUGGUUUAAAACAGAUUUUAAAGAUCAAGCAAUAUUGGAUUUUUGUCGUAGCUUACGGAUUAGGAGGUGGUUUAGACAUUAGUUUUGGAGCGUUAUCUGAAGAAAUGAUGUGUACUCAUGGAUAUACGCCUACAUUUAUAGGUUUGGUUUCAGCUUUUAAUAUUGGGAUUGGCAUUAUCGGUUCUCUGGCAGCUUCACUAUUUGUGGACAGAACAAAACUCUUUGAAGAGACUGCAAAAGUUACUUUAUCUCUGGGUGUAGUUUUUUCAUCACUAUCAAUGACGGUUUCUUGCAUUCCGCACCAAGAAGUUUUAAUUAUAAUAUUUUCUAUACUCAAUGGUAUACUUUUCAGUGCCGCGUAUCCUGUUAGUGUUGAAUUGUUGGUGGAAAAUACCUAUCCUGUAGCAGAGGCUACGUCACUGGGGAUCUUAGGGAUCAUUUCAUACACCAUGAGUAUACCCUCAACAUUUAUGUUCGAAGUCUUGAGUCAACCCAUGACACCAUACGAGGAAAUACACCAAAAAUGCACAUUAUCUCAUCGCCCCCCUUCAUAUACUGGUAGUAUUAUGAGGAAGUCAAAUAUCACAAAACCGAAAGAUAUGACAGUUGCUAUGAUGGUGUAUUCUGGUCUAGCCUCAUUGCAAGCUUUAUGGAUUAUACUAUUUUUCAAGUCUGAUAACCGAAGACUAAACACAGAGAAAUCACACAGUCUUAUAACAGAUUUACCAGAAUCUGUACAAGAAUCUACACACGUUCGGGCAUAA